CCAAACAUAUUAUUUGUCACUUGAAACCAAAUUUUAUUAAGAAAGUUGAAAAAAAUGGAAUCCUUAAAUUUUCACAAAAUCAAAUUAGAGAAAGCAAAUGCUAUGUUAAGGUACAAAAAGCGUCAAAACGUGACAAUAUUGUUCCGUUUCAUUGAAUUCUGCAUAUUUUUCGCCAUAAUCUCAAGAUUUUCCACUCGAUUGCCACUCAGUUUCAAGCUCUCGAUCGAUUGUUUCAAGGGACUUGGUGUUACCCUCAUUAGUCCUCGAUUCGUCUUUGUUCUUGGAAACACGAUUGUCAUCAUCCUCUUCUUGAAAUCAGGACAUUCGUCUGGUUUCACGAACAAUGUUAAAAUGGAUUUGUACGAGCAAAAAUGUUCAAUGAAUUAUGAAAAGAGCAAUAAACAGAGGAAAGUAGUAGAAAAACCUUACUGUGAACAGAGCAAAAAACAGGGGAAACAGAGCAUUCUAGUAGAAAAAUCCUACUGUGAACAGAGCAAGAAACAGGGGAAACAGAGCACUCUUGUAGAAAAAUCUUACCGUGAACAGAGCAAGAAACAGAGCAUUGCUAUUGAAGAAGCUUACUGUGAACAGAGCAAGAAACAGAGUAUUCUAAUACAGAGACAAUUAGUAGAAAAAAAACUUAAUCGUAGCCAUUCAGAGAGCUUGACCAGUUUAUGUCAUGAUGAGAAGCCUAGAAAAGAAUUGAUCCGGUCCGCUACAGUAGGAUGUUUGAAAGUUAUACGCACUAACAGUGUUAAAUCGGUGGAUGAUGGAAUGAGCAGCGAAGAAUUCAGGAACACUGUUGAAGCAUUCAUUGCAAGACAACAAAGAUUUUUAAGGGAAGAAGAGUUAUUUUCAGAUGUUGUAUCAACAUAAAUUAAGACAUCUUGAGAAAACAUCAAGAGUUUUUAUUAGUACAUUAUUAGGUCAUUAAAAAAGAAAAAAGAAGUGGAGACAACAUAUGUAAAUUCAAGAACAAGAUAAAUCUCUAAUAGCAGGAGUAACAUUUCUACUUGUAAAUGGGAAUAGUUUUGUUCCUGCACCUAUAAUAUGAUAUCUAAUAUUU